AUGCAGCUCCCCCUCCAAACGCGCAACGCUCUUCAAGCUGCUUCUCCCUUCCAGCAGCGAGGGGGCUCGAGCUCCUCCCACCAAACAAGGCGCACUGCAGCACCACCAUGCCUACGCGUCCGCGCCAGCAUCGGCCUGCCGGCCGAGGGGAUCCUCCCAGUAGGGCUGCGGGUCGAGUCGCUGCCGCGUCACGUGGCGGUGACCAUUGACGGGAACUCCCGGUGGGCGCAAGCACGGGGCAUGCCGACGUCGGCGGGGCACGCCGCUUUGCAGCCCGCGCUGGAGGAGACGGUGCGGCUCUCACGCGCCUGGGGAAUCCGCGUGCUCACUGUCUUCGCCUUCUCCGAUCAGAACUGGAACCGUCCCAAGGAGGAGGUUGACUUUGCUAUGGGCGUGUUCGAUCGGUUCAUCCAGGACAAUGUCGCCCAGUUUGUAAGGGAUGGGAUUCGUCUACACGUAAUCGGUGACUUGUCAAGGUUGCCGACUUAUCUGCAGAAGACUGCACACGAUGCCGAGGAGGAAACAAGAAGCAACUCACAAAUCGACCUGAUGCUAGGUAUCAGCUACGGUGGGCGAGCGGACAUCCUGCAAGCAUGCAAGAAGAUUGCCCAAAAGGUGUACAACAAGCUGCUCAGACCGAAGGACAUCGAUGAUUCACUAUUCGCCGACGAGCUCCAAACGAGCUGGACAGACGAGUUCCCUUACCCUGACCUACUCAUCAGGACCAGCGGCGAACUAAGGCUCAGUGACUUCAUGCUUUGGCAGUCUGCUUACACCGAGCUCUUCUUCACUGACACGCUCUGGCCUGAUUUCGGGGAGGCUGAAUAUCUCGAAGCUCUUAUGUCCUUCCAGAGCAGAGACAGGCGUUUUGGUAAACGAAAACUAUAGCGCAUGAAAUAAAAGAGCAAAAUAACGGUGCGAGUGACGUGAUGAUCCAUCAUGUUAGCCGCCAUGGAUAGAUUCUCUUCUCGUGGAGAUUCCGUCCCCACCCUUCUUCUGUACUUAUGUUCGGUUUUUGUCACCUUCAAAGUAUUUCCAUCACAAGGAAUGGUGUAUUCUGUUGUACUUGCUGGAGCAGGAUUCUAAAUCUUCACCUGGAUUAUAUUAUGUGUAUCUAUUUGUGUGUUGAAUGUGUUUGACAUAUAAAUUUACGGUUUCAUAAAUAUCUUUUUUGUGCGUGCGAUUACAAACAAUAUGGUUAUGCAACCCUCCACAAAUGAUAUGUUAAAGAAAUACCUUGUUAUGUUAUAAAGCAGUAAUUUUGUAAUACAUAUGUGUGAAGCCACUACCGGAAAAUUGGUGUUUGCUGAGUGCGACGUUUUUUGCCGGGAUUCACCGGCUGACAAACCUCCCCUUUGCCGAGUACCACACUCGGCAAACGUGGGGACUCGGCAGCGAAAACCUUCGUCAAGAGUCACCGAAAAACACUCGGCAACAAAAAAAAACUCAUCAAGCAAGAUUCCGUAGGAAGACACUCAGCAAGCAAGAUUCAACGUGUCCUUGUCGUCUGCGGUUGACGGCUCCGCACUCAGGCUCUCGACAAAAAAUUUCAGAUGCUCCCAACUGCUACUAUGUGGCUCUUUUAUUGAUCGUGGCACUCGACAAAGGUGUGUUCAACAGUUUUAAUUAAUUUUGCAGCUAGCCCCACAAUAACGCAUACAAUAAACAUAUGCACAUAUCACAAUUUAUAUGGCAUUUCAAACAUACCAUAUCGCAUUAUAUAGCAAUUGACACAUACAUAUCAUUGCACAUACAUCACAAGUUCAAUAAUGUCACAUGCAUACAAAGUUCAUCGUUACAAAAUG